CUCAACUCUCUCUCUUUCAUUUCAUAAUUCAUACCCUAAUUUCUUCUCUUAUCAAACGAAUUUGGAAUUUCGUAGUCUUCGAAUUCCCAGUCUUCUAUUCCAAAACAAAUCCAAUCUCUUUCAAAAUUACUGCGUAAUUACCAUUUUCAGACUCUGAUUCUCUCAGAAAAAGCAAACUCGGAAACCAGGGAAAAGUGAUUCUUUUUGUUUCUUGGUGUUUGGAAUUCCUCUGAAUUGAACGUGAAAUGUUUUUAGGGCAAAGAGGUUCUAGAAAACCCCCGGCCAUGCUCAAAUCUCUGUUGAGCAAGCGAGACAAGAUUCAAGAAGAGCUCUGCAUCAUCGAAAAGCAGGUGUAUGAGUUAGAGACAAGCUACUUGCAAGAUUCGAGCUAUUUCGGGAACGAAAUGAAAGGUUUUGAAGGGUUUCUUUCUUCAUCCAAGAACACAACAAACUUAAAGAGAUCAAGGAAAUUCCAGCCUGAAGAUCGAUUCUUCUCGUUGUCUUCAGUUACCUCACCGGCAGCUGAAGAACUUGGAUUCGGAUGUGAUGAUGGAAGAUCUGAUUUUGGUCCAGGUCGGUUGAAGGGCAGAGGCUUCCCCACCAAUGGGCCGGGGAAACCAAAGAAAGGCAGAACAGCAUCAAGAGAUAGAAAGAGAAACAGGCCAUCAACUGAACAAGAUUUCGAUGAUGAAGAGGAUCCUGAUUUGAGCUUGAGAUAAACUGCAUCAAUUGGAGAGCUUUCAAUGUAAACAUCCAAUGAAUUUCAGGUUAUAAGAGUUAAAAGGAAAACUGUGUUGUAUUGUAGUCUAGAAAGUUUAUCUUUAGGUCAUGCUGACUAGGUUCCUUUAGGAUGGCUAUGUUGCAUGAGUAGCUUGUCAUGAGCAAUUAGAUGCUGCCCUUAAUUUAUGCAAAAAUCUUUCUCACUUUAGGGUUCUUAUCCCAUUGUGUUUCUUCUUGUUAAGUUGUAAUUGUUGUAAGUGUUGUAGUCAGAAUUAGGAAGAACAGAAAAUGAAGAGUAAAUACAUAUGGUUGUAAUUGAAAGUGUUA